GUACGUGGGAAAAUGUGGUGAUAGUCAGGUGAUAGUCUAAGAGCCGGUUUUCUAGAAAAUCUAAUUUCUUCGAAUUAAAAGUAAUCUGUUGGCUUACCACCAUGGUGAAACUUACCGCAGAAUUGGUACAAAACUCUAUGCAGUAUAUAAAUGCUGUAAAAGAUCGAGAACUGGAUUUGAGAGGUAGCCGGAUAAGACGCCUAUUUUAUAGGUUAUGUUGGAGCAUCUUUACCUUUAUCUUUUUUGUUUUUCAGGAUAUCGAAUACCUGAAAUAGAAAAUUUGGGGGCCACCGGCGACCAGUUUGAUACAAUAGAUUUCUCAGACAAUGAUAUUAGGAAAUUAGAUGGGUUUCCAUAUUUGAAGAGGUUGAAAUGUCUUCUGAUGAAUAACAACAGAAUUGUUCGGGCUGGAGAACAUCUUGAAGAAUAUAUCCCAAACUUGGAAACACUCGUUUUAACAGGCAAUCAGCUUGAUGAGCUUAGCGAUAUUGAACCGUUAGUGAAGCUAGAAAAGCUGACAACCUUGAGCUUAAUGUUCAACCCCAUUACAGCUAAACAGCACUAUAGGCUGUAUAUAGUAUAUAAGUUGCCUCAGUUGAAACUGCUCGAUUUCCGGAAAAUCAAGAAGAAGGAGAGAGAUGAAGCGCAAGCUUUGUUCAAGAGUAAGAAAGGGAAGGACAUACAGAAGGAGAUCCUAAAGAAAGCAAAGACCUUUGUGCCUGGUGGUAACAUGAACAAUAUUGCUAAACAGAAAGGAUUAACUGAGGAUGAAGUUAGGAAAAUAAGACAAGCAAUCAACAAUGCAAAAUCACUGGAGGAAAUGGAGAGACUACAGAAAAUUUUACAAUCAGGACAAAUCCCAGGAGAUAAAAGUAAUUCUGAACUGAAUGGCGACGCUAUGGAGACCUAGUAACAUGGUUAUUGGUAAAGUAUAGCGGCAUGACUCCUUUCAUAAUUAAUUUUUUGUAUUAUAUAGGAUAAGCUGUUUAAACAUAUUACGCUGAUAAGAACUGAACAUCAUAUUGUUCAAAUAUGAUACUACAACUGGUUAAAACAGAGGCUAAGAUUUGAUGUACGUUCUAUUUAACUUGAAUUGAAUAAACAUGUGUUAAUUCAUUCCAGGGAUAUUUGCUGAACAACGAAUAUGUUUAUGUUUUUCCUUAUGAUUCUGUGAAUUUGUUAAUCAGUAUUGCUCUGGUUGGCUUGUAAUCAAGCUGCUAUUUCUUAUUAAAAAACAAUUCACAAUAAGUCAGUUUUGAUUGCAUAUUUCAGCUAAAAAUAAAAAUUAAUGCUUCGAUAUAACCUUGUCUCAAUGCUACCAAUACCUCGACCUCCUUAAUGUAUGUAUAACAUUAUUGUAGUAAAAGGCUGCUGCACAAAUUUCAUCUAAAUCCAAGUCAUACUUUGUAGCUUUUAUAGCAUCCAAUGAUAGACUAGGCAAACAGAAAUGAGGACUGACUUGGAUUUUCAUUUAACAAAAAUUUUUUUUAAAAUUUGGCAUAGAAAGC